AUUUAAACGGUUGAAAGGAAACAAAGAUGUCGACGUCACUGUGUCUAAAACUAUACAGUUUUUUCGUUAUUAUCUGUCACUAAACGGCAUAUUUAUAAGUGUAUACAAUAAUUAUUACUAUGACAAGUUACGUAAUUACUCGAUAAUGAUCAUGUGCGCGCUUAGUUUUUGACAAAUAAAAUACACGUGCACUUCCAUUAAUUGUCUAAUAAUUGUAUACAUACAUAUAAAUAUACAUAUACAUAUAUAUAUAUUUUUUUUUGUGCUGCAUAAACAAGCAAUCGAAGUUUUUUUUUUCCGAAGAAAAGAAAGAGGCAACGAAAUGUUUUUUAAACGCAACAGGCGAUUUUGACAGAUGAGUCAUUAAUAAAAAUGGUGGAGAAUAAAUAAAAAUAUUUAAAUUUAUUUAAUAAAUUUUGUACAUAUUUAUUAAUAAUUAUAAAUUAAAAAAUUUAUUUUUUAUUAUUAAUUAAUAUGGAUACGAAAUGUCCUUGCCGACUUUGCGGUAAACAAGUGUCUAAACCGUUAAUUAAUAUUUUUGAUUCAAAUAAUAAUUAUGCCAAGAAAAUCAAUGCGCUAUUACCAGUAUAUGUUCACGAAGAUGAUUGUCUUCCCAAAUGCAUGUGUAAUGACUGCCACGACAACCUGCUGAAGCUCCACAAAUUUUACCUAACAACUUUAGAAACAGACAUCGAAUUAAAAAGUCAACUUCCAUGGAUGCAGAAGCGCCUCGAGGAGACACACGUCGGCAUUCCAAUGGUCCAGUACCUGAACAGCAAGACUCUAACGAUAGCAACAGAUUUAGAAAACUACUCGUGCUACAGCAGCUCAAAACUUCCAGAAUAUGAUCUGAUAAAAACCCUCGACUCAAAUCUAGUAUCCGUACCAGUAAGUUCCUGUCCCUGUUCAUACUCGUGUUCAAAUUGCCUGCACCUAAACGUCGAAGAUCCCAACGCCGACUUCGACCAAAGCAUCGACGAGGACACCGACUCUGAAAAUAAAAGUGCGCUCGAUCCCCUGGCAACGGAGAUUCCCGUCGACGUAAAAGAUCUUAAUCAUGACGUAAAAAAUAUCAAUCGUGAAUUAAAAGAUCUCGCGCAAGACAAUUUUAUCUGCAGUAAUUUGAAUAUUUUUAACUCCGAUGUAAAGUCGAGUGAGAUUUUUCAUCGCACUUUGAGACCCCGUCAAAAGUCGACGGAUUCCUCGAAAAAACUUCCGGUUAAAUCUUCUAGAAUAAGUAAAUCUAAAAAGAAAGUAAAUUUUUAUAAAAAAAAAUCGGAUAGACGUAAAAAUUUAACUAAAGAUUUAAUAGCGGACUCGAAAAAUUGGCAAAAAUUAGAAAUAAAAGCCGAGAAAUUGGAUGACGUUGACCGUAAAUCAAAACCUGAUGAUAAAAAUUUACGUAAAAAAAUAAAAACAGAUUUGAAUGGUAAAAAUAAUUGUUUGGUUAGCGAUCGUAAAGUAAAAAUAGACGAGUCAAUUGUUAAAGUAGAUAAUAAUAUAAAUAUUAAUUAUAAUUACAGUAAAAAUCAUGAUAACGCGAGCGAGAAAAUACUAAAUCAUGGCCAUAAGAUAAAUAUACAUAAAUGUACUGAUAAUUUUAAUGAGAUUAAUGGUAAUAAUAAUAGUAAUAGCAAUAGUACUAGUAAUAUUGAGAGUAAUGCAAGCGGUAAUUAUGAUAGUAAUCAGCCAAAUGUCACGAACAAACCAAUAAAUAUUAAGAAAGAGUGUAAUGAGUUGAGUCUGAUGGACGUGAGUGUGAAACUGGAAAAAAUAAACGUCGAUGUGGAUGACAGAGCUAAAGAAUCCGAGAGAUUGAGACGCAAUGCGACUGCGAGUGUCAAGAGUAAUUCAAAAGACGACAGUAAAACAGCCAGCAAAUGUUUGCCUCUGGGUGCCGGGGGUAAGAAACGAAAGAGAAAGAAGAAAAAGAUUAAAAAACAAAUAAAUAAUAAUAAUAAUUUAGACAAUUUGUUUGAAAAUCUCGAUGUUUCCGCGUCUUCCGGGAGAGUAGAGUGUGAUCUCUGCAAGAAAUCAUUUGUUACUCGUGAAGUAUUUAAUUUACAUUAUUGUUGUAAUUGAAUUAUGAUUAUUUGACAUCUUUAUUGUUAAUUGUAUGGUAGUUAAACUUGGUUCUGAUUCACGUGGCGGUUUAUUAUUUAAAAUUUAAACUGAGAAAAAAAUGACGUAAAAAAAAAUUUAUUUUUGAACCGGGAAUUAAUUUAUUUAAAAGUUCUUUAGUUAACAUUUUUUUUGCUGAAGAAAUUUUAAUUUUCUGUUUGAGAAGAAAAAUUUUACCGACAGAAAAUUAAUUAUUUGAAAAAAAUUUACUGAAAAUUUUGGUGACGAAAAAAAUUAAUAAUUUCUGGUGUAGAAAAAAAAUUUACUGAAAAUUUUGGUGACAAAAAAAAUUA